CACCAGCAAGCACCAGCAAGCACCUCUGUUGGACCCAAGGCCAAACCCCGAGCCCGAUACAUCCGCCACCCGCCCGCAACCACCCCCUCCCCGGAUCUCCAUCAUGCAGCAUCUGCAGCCCGAUCGGCCCCCGAAACUCCCAAAGACCACCCUCGAGAAGAACUCGGCCCGGCGGUUGAUUGUCGUCCUCGAGGCGGCGUCGCUGGAGACGGUCAAGCUCGGCAAAGGCAAGGAGGGCCACUACGCCCUGCUCAACUGUGACGACCACCACCACAUCCUCAAGAAGCACAACCGCGACAUAUCCGAGUCGAGACCGGAUAUCACACACCAAUGUCUCUUGACCCUCCUCGACAGUCCGCUGAACAAGGCUGGUCUGCUGCAGGUAUACAUCCACACAACCAAAAACGUGCUCAUCGAAGUCAACCCACACGUCCGUAUUCCCCGUACAUUCAAGCGUUUCUGCGGCCUGAUGGUUCAACUGCUACACAAACUGAGUAUCCGAUCAGUAAACGGGCCGGAGAAGCUCCUGAAGGUCAUCAAGAAUCCCAUUCUGGACCAUCUCCCGCCGAACUGCCGCAAGAUCACCAUGUCCGCUGAUGUUGCGACCGUCAAAAUCUCAAACUGGGUCACCACAUUGAACUCUGAUGAGCCUGUGGUGUUCUUUAUCGGCGCGCUGGCCCACGGCCCCGACAACUUUGCCGACGAGAUUGUUGACGAAAAAAUCUCAAUCUCUGAAUAUCCGCUCUCGGCGUCAGUCACUUGUGGCAAGCUGUGCAAUGCCUUCGAGGACCUGUGGGACAUUCUCUAGACUGGGCUUGCACUCUGUGACUCGUGAGUGCUGGCUCAAGCAAAGCGAGCGAGCCCGGGUGUAGUUGGUGGCCAUUUCAUUGGCCGAAUACACACAUGC